AUGAGGAAGAAGCUCGAUACCCGCUUCCCGGCUGCUCGCAUAAAAAAAAUAAUGCAAGCUGAUGAGGAUGUUGGCAAGAUAGCCCUUGCAGUACCUGUCUUAGUUUCUAAAGCAUUGGAAUUGUUUUUGCAAGACCUUUGUGAUCGAACUUAUGAAGUCACCCUUCAGAGAGGAGCAAAGACCAUGAGUUCACUCCACCUAAAACAUUGUGUCCAGAGCUAUAAUGUGUUUGAUUUUCUGCGAGAAAUUGUUAGCAGGGUUCCUGAUUAUGGCCAUGGUCAUGGCCACCCUGAUGCACCUGCAGAUCAUAGAAUUCUUCAUAAGAGGAAGCCCAUUAUGGAUGAAGGCAAUGAGAGCGAUGAAGAAUUGAAGAGAAGCAGGAUGCAUGAUGCGAGCCACACGGGUGUUAGCAGUAGAGGUAGAGGUCGUGGGCGAGGUAGAGGCCGCGGUCGAGGGGCUCGGAACAUGGAGAAGGAAUCUGCUCAUCGUGAGGCCGACUCUGAAGCUGCUUGUACAACUCCACGUGGCAACAACCCAGUUCCUGGAAUGAUGAUAGACGACGUAAUGGAUUCAAAGGAGAUGUUGACAAAAGAGCCUAUGGUAGCAAUUACGGAUGGUACAGCCGAUCAACCUGAACGGAACUUCGAUCUUAAUGCUGAGGUCAAGGACAAUGAAGAUGUGAAAGCUGCUGCAGCUGCGACAUUAGCAGCUUCUUCGUCAGCCUUGGGUCCUGCACCUGCCGGCCAAACUUCAUCCACGGCACCAGAAACCACCACCCGUGAAGAAUAUCCAGGUUGGUCUCUUUCAGAGGUGGACAAGAUGGCUAUUGACCCCUUACAGCUGGCACAGCUGAGCACGAGGAUGGACGAGGAAGAAGACUACGAUGAAGAAGGAUGA